UCUGUUUUAUUUCUUUCGAUUCUCUAUGGACCUGUGUUUCUUCUUCAAGAGUGGAGUAGUUUUAUUUUACUAUCAGCCAUGUUUUCGUCAGUGAGUCCGUCUUUACAAGGCUUAAAAACUAAGAUCAUUACCAAUCAUUGAGAAUCGUUCAUUUUGUUUCAGUAACUCUGUGGCGAAAUGUUUGGUCUGUUACUACUAGCUCACCUGGCAGAGGCAGCAUCUUCGCAGAGAAUUGUGUGCUACGUCAAUGGCUGGGCUCAGUAUCGCCCCCUGCCGGCGACAUUUGUGCCGGGGCAGGUGGACCCCUUCCUGUGCACUCACAUCGUGUUCGCCAGUGCACAGAUAAAUGGCAGCCGACUGCAACCAGCCGUGAAAGAAGAUUUAAGAAGGUUCAAAGAUAUUCAAAGGCUGAAAAUCAACAACCCGCAGUUGAAGACUAUGCUGUCCGUGGGGGGCUGGGACGUGGGGUCAUUGCCCUUUUCUAUUCUCGUCAGCGAUUCUUCAUCCAUACGAGAGUUCGCCGAGACCACCACAAAGUUCCUGCGUGAACAUGGCUUCGAUGGACUGGAUGUCGACUGGCGAUUCCCAACACAACGUGGAGGUCAGAGACAAGAUGGCGCCCGAUUCACUUUACUGCUGAAGGACAUCCGGGUAGAAUUUGAGCGGGAAAGCGUGGAGAGCGGAAAAACAAGGCUGAUGUUGUCCGUGGUCGUCGGUUCUUCUAAAUCUGUCGUCGACUACGGCUAUGAAAUCUUGGAAGUGACUAAGAUGGCGGACUUCCUCAAUGUCCUGUCUGUGGACCUGGUGGGGACCUGGGAGGUAGCCGCGCAUCCCUCCCCCCUGCAAGUGGUUGAUCAAGUAACCAGUUCAACCGCUGGUCGCCGCUCUCUGAGGUGGACCGCUGACUAUUGGCUGAAGAAGGUGCCGGACCCUGCUGUGGUCAACCUGGGGUUAUCUUUCCACGCAGUGACCUUCUUGCUUACCUCCCUCAACAAUGAUUCGCUCGGGGCGCCUGCCAGCGGACCAGGAAGAGUUGGCACCUUCACCUUCACCAAAGGGCGACUGGCUUUCUUUGAGGUGUGUCUGCUGCAAGCACUAGGCGCACGAAAGAAGUACGAGGCUAGUUACCAGGUGCCUUACCUGGUGCACAGGGACCUGUGGGUGGCCUACGAGGACCGCGACAGCCUCACAGCCAAGGUGAGGUUCAUUCGAGAGGUGGGUGUCGGCGGGGUGGCCGUGUGGUACAUCGAUGAAGAUGACUUUGGUGGCACCUUCUGUCACUUGGGUAGCUACCCGCUCCUCAAACUCGUGUCCAAAGAGCUGUUGACCAAACAACCUGGUACCCGUAUAGUAGGAUCCGGUACCUCAGAGGUCCCCAAGGUGCCAAAAGAAAUGAAAGACACGGAGUGUGGGCGUGUGGUGUGCUUCGUGUCCAGUCAUGGCAGCCUCCGGACCGGUCAGGCCGCAUUCUUACCUUCGCAGGUCAAGCUGACCUUUGCACUCACUUCAUUUAUGCACAUGGUCACUUGGAGGGCACGCAGCUUGUUCCGCAAUACGCAAAGGACGCUGAAAUCAGUGAUGCUGUCCGUUGGUGGGUGGGAAGUGAGUUCUGCUCCCUUCACGCGCCUCGUGGCGUCCACUGCUGCUGUGAAAGUCUUCGCCCAACAGGCCGCCAUCUUCCUGCGGGACAGCGGCUUCGACGGACUGGACAUCGACUGGCAGUUUCCCACCAGCAGGGGGAGUCCACUGACAGACAGGGACCGCUUCACUGACUUCCUUAAGGUCAGCAGCUCAGUCAUGGCUGACGGAAAUCAGAGAGGCCUUCAAUGUGACGUCCCGGCCCGGCAGCAGGACAGCUUGUUGCUGAGUGUCACGCUGUCUGCACGCCAGGACCUACUGACCACAGCCUACGACCUGUCCAGCCUGCAUCAGCACGUGAACUUUAUCAACUUCGCAACCUUUGACCAGCAUGGCACGUGGGAGGAGGUCAAAGAGCAUCACAGCCCGUUGUUCUCGUCCUCACCCGCACAGGUCAACGGCCGAGCUCUCAGUGCAAGCAAGGCCACAGAGAUCAUGAAGAAGUCUGGCAUCCCCAUGUGGAAGGUCAACUUUGGCGUGUCCUUCUUCGCGCGCUCCUACACCGUCUCCAACUCCAGCAAGCACGUGAGCUCGGGCAAGGCCGGCAACCACACAGGUCAAAAGGGCUUCUUGGCUUAUUUUGAGGUGUGUGAGUUGCUGAAGAAGGGAGCGACGAUUGGAUGGAUAUCAGACCAGGUGGUGCCGUUUCUCACCUUUGGUGACCAGUGGGUAGCUUUUGAUAAUCAGCGGAGCAUAAAUGAAAAGGUGCAGUAUGCCAUGAAGAGUGGCUAUGGCGGGCUCGCUGUCUGGACUGUUGACGUCGAUGACUUCAGCGGUCAGUUCUGCCAGCAGGGCCCCUUCCCUCUCCUCCAGACCCUCCUCAGCAGUUGCAGCCGAUACUCGUGAGUCCUCCAAACCAGUCUACGGUUGAUGUGCAAACAAUGCAGAGGAUCCUUACCUUCACUAUCUUUAAACUGAGGAACUCGUUCUUUCCAUCAAUGAAGACAUUUUCAUCAUUGUAACACAAUUACAACAAUUCCUGUAAUGCACCCAUGCUGUACCGAUAAAUAUUUAAAAACAUCUUUUUGUACUCCCUACUGCUUUCUUUUCGGAGUAAAUGUUUCUCGUAGCACAAGACAGUAAUCACCAGUAUUUUAAAAAAAAACAAUAACAACCCAAAACAGGGUUUGGAGAGAUUUAAUUGAGGGGUAUCCCCUCAUAUUCUGUGGGAUGUUUAGGAUCUGUACUCGUCAAUAUAUUAUUGAUUAUAAUAAUAACGAGGACGAAAUAUGAAGGACGGAAGGAGAAACAUCUACACAGACAAGUCAUCAAAAAACAAACAUACAAAACACAAAGAGCCUGUAGGUCAGUGCCCCAGGUAGCUGAGUGCCAGGAUACAAGGCUACCAGCAGCACACAGUGUCCAGGAAGUGGCAGGCGCAGUGCAGUGUGGGAAAGUAGACAACAAUAGACAUUCAAGUCAAGCGUGACGAUCAUCCGGGUCUCGCGCCACUCCGACUGGUUGAACCGACAUCCGCGUCCAAUGCGGACAUCCUGCACGAGUCCCUCUUCCUGCAACAGUUGCUGCUCCGUUGUUGUGGUUGUCAGGCCACCGGUCAAAAUACUUGAUGACAACAACAAUGGACAGGACACCUGCACUCAGUGACGUGUGGGUCUCUCCUGUCUCGUCAUGCGUGACUGAAACUUGUCGCCUCGCUUCCUUGGUGACAGGGAAGGGGCUGACUGUAGACAGAUGUAAAGUGAUGGACAAUGGAGUUGGCAGCUUCGUCUUAGUUAAUGUCCUUUAUUUAUUGCUCCUGUUCUGUCUUUCGCAAAACAAAUUUUGUACUAACCAUUCGAUGCAAGGAAGCUUUAACCAAAGCAAACAACAAACAACCAUACACACACAUGUACACACAUACACACAGGCACGCACACACAUGUACACACAUAAAAGAAAGAGCCACGUGUGUGUCAUUUAAAAUUUUUUUUCUGUUUUAUAUUAAUUUCCUUAGUCACCCGAUGUUUAAUAAAGGACCUGUUCUUACAAUGUUCGUCUGGACAAACUUAGUAGGAAUGUUUCCUGUUGAUUUAUGUCUACAAUGUCGUGAAUGGCUGUUGUUAAAGAUUCUAUUGUUAAGUUCUGGCGAGUAGCUGGCUUGCUUGUAGUCUUUUUGUCCAUCUGCCUUCUUAAUCGUCUGUUUCGUCUGUUUGUCAAUGUACCUUUUUGUCUGUGCGUCUGUCCUUGUGUAUGCCUCCUGCCUGACUGAGCGUGCUUGUCUGCAUGUCUACCUGUCUGUCUGUCUGUUCUGACACACCCUGUCUCACAAACAGUGAUAUUUCCUUACUCACAAAUUCAGACACGCCCCUGCUCAUUCAAAGCCGCAAAACGUGAGGACACCCAGCCAUACCUGUCUAUGGUCUGUUUGCUCUACCCACCCACAUACCCACAUACCCACCGUCUGUUUUCUCCCCCUCUGUACACGAAGACGUGAGAGAGACUUGAACUUUGAACUUUGCACUUUAGCAACGGAAAUUCGCAUAUGACGAACGAGGGAAUUUCUGUCUGACACUAGUGUUGACUUGUUCAAGUCGAUCAAGCAAUGAUUAUUUCUUUUUAGUUAUUAUAUAUUCACAGGUGUUUUUAGCUGUUUGACAAUGCUGUACACAUAUACUAACCAACACCUACACCUGUAGAGGGUAAUUCAAAACAUGUCCGCCGACAGUAGUUCAUUAGGGACUUCCCGCUCCUGGACCGGCAACGGGGGACUGUCUCCGUCACGUGACGACCCAGUCUUCAGACAACCCUGGGUAGAAAAAAUGUUUUGACGUGUGUUCGCUUAUGCUAUCUGUGUAUGUAUGUGAGCGUGCUUGUGUUUGUGUGGAAAGCUCAUACUGAACAUUGUAUAAAAUGCAGCUACUUUUACUGUUUGAGAAUACUUAGAUCUUUGAAUAUCUGUCAUGAACAACUGCAACUACUCAACACUACAGUAAUAUGCAGCACUGUGACCUUUGGCCUGGCGUGCUGGGGUGGGAGGAUCACCAAAUACAACAGGGACAAGCUGAACCAAAACAUUUAAAAAGCAGGAGAGGGUGAUUGGGAGGGUGAAAAAUUACUUAGAGACACUAAGUGGCUGUUUGUGUGUUUUGACAAACACAAGUUUACAUUUGAGCUCAGCCUUAUGGCGGAGCUUGUCUCCUUCAUGAAGUUGAUGGCUGAGUGACUCAAUAAUAAUCAUUAGCCUAUAAAGCGCGGUCCUUGCUUCACUGAUUAUUAUUUAUUAGUGUUAUUGAUUUUAUAUGUGUGGAUAAGGCUAGUGAGGGAGAGAGCAGCUGACGGAUGACCGUUACUGGGAGACAUGAGAGUUGUGUCCCUUUGUCUAACAAGCUGAGGUGAUCGCCUCUCCUUGAUUUUGUUUAUGUUUUGUGGUCGUGCUUCGAUUUGGAUUAAAGUGUUGGCUUGAUAUGUUUACAUGUGCUGCUACUGCGUUUUCUUCCUCUUGUAGUAAGCAACAGAGCUGUAUAUAAUGUAUAUAGUGUCUAUAAUGUUAUUUAAAGUGCGAGCUGUAUAUAAUGUAUAUGAUGUAUAUAAUGUUAUUUAGAGUGCGAGCUGUAUAUGAUGUAUACAAUCAAUGUCUAUAAUGUUAUUUAAAGUGCGAGCUGUAUAUGAUGUAUACAAUCAAUGUCUAUAAUGUUAUUUAAAGUGCGAGCUGUGUAUGAUGUAUAUAAUGUACAUAAUGUUAUGUUAUUGUGUGAUGUUGUUCUACAUCUUUAUUAUUGUCUAAUG